AUGACACUGGGGCAGUUUUAAAACUUAUGGUGUUCUGGGUGGGAUAAGGGCUUUAUACUCUGGUCACACAAGCUGCGAGAUCAUCCGACUUCCCCUUCCAGUUCUACAGAUCAUUAACUAAAGAUGUCUGAUACAGAGGAAGUUGCAGAGGACUAUGAGGAACAGGAAGAGGAAGAAGCUGCUGAGGAGGAGGAGGUGAUAGAAGAGAUGGAGGAGGAAGAAGAUGAUCAGGCAAGAGCAGAGGAUGUUGCAGAGGACCAGGAAGAGGAGAAAGAUGCAACUCAGGAGCCAGCUCGGUCAGUCAACAUAGUUGAACACAAAUACCGGUCACGAUGUUCCUUUUUUUCUGAAGAUGCUGGAGAAGAACAUGAAGAAGGAGAAGAAGAGGCUAAACCAAGACCCAAGCUAUUUAUGCCAAACCUUGUGCCUCCCAAAAUCCCAGAUGGGGAGAAAGUUGACUUUGAUGAUAUCCACCGCAAGCGCAUGGAGAAAGAUUUAAAUGAGCUGCAGCAGCUCAUUGAGGCUCAUUUCGAGAACCGCAAGAAAGAGGAAGAAGAACUCAUCAGCCUAAAGGAAAGGAUUGAGCAUCGUCGCUCUGAAAGAGCUGAGCAGCAGAGGAUUCGCAGUGAGAGAGAGAAAGAGAGACAGAACAGGGUGGCUGAGGAAAAGGCAAGGAAGGAGGAAGAGGAGGCAAAGAAGAGAGCAGAAGAAGAUGCUAAGAAGAAGAAAAACCUCACAAAUAUUCAUUUUGGUGGUUACCUUCAAAAGACUGAGAGGCGGGUCGGAAAGAAACAGACCGAGAGAGAGAAAAAGAAGAAAAUCCUCAAUGAUCGAAGAAAGCCACUGAAUAUCGACAACCUCAGUGAAGACAAACUAAAGGAUAAAGCUAAGGAACUCUGGAAGUGGAUGCACCAGCUGGAGGCAGAGAAGUUUGACCUGCAGUACAAAUUUAAGAAGCAGAAAUAUGAAAUUAAUGUCCUGAGAAAUCGAGUUAGUGACCACCAGAAUGUAAAAAGCUCUAAAGGUGGAAGAACGAAAACUAAAGUUGGUGGCCGAUGGAAAUAGUUGGAUGGGAAUUUAAAACCUGGAUGCUUCAUGGAAAUGUCUCCCACACAUUCAACCAAGAGUGAUUCACAGCCUUCAAACUCACCUGUUGGUCUGGUUUUAGAGAAUGGGUUGUAAUUUGCUGUUUAAAGUGCACUUGCUUUGCAGCUUUAUACUAGUUGUAAUAUUGUGCAUGUGAAUGCUUAGUGUGAGAUAUUGUUUUCUUUUUUUCUGAUAUGUAUUCUUUUCUGUAUAUAAAUAAAGACUGUAUGCUUUGGACUGAA